AUGGGUGAUCCGCAAUUUGCAAAGUAUCCCGACCUCCAGCUGUCGCAGCACAUCUUCCAGCUCACAAAUCCCGCCGCCUCGAAACAAGCAAAGCAAGCUGCCUUGAAGUCGGUUCAGGAUGGCAUCGCCGAGAACAAGAUGGCGCCCCUCUACCGAUACCUUGCACACCCUGUAGAUGGCGUUCUCAAUGCACAAGGCGAGGGCAGCGCAGACCAGCCGAGCAGGAACCGGAGACCUUCCGCCAGCUUAGCGACGAUGCUUGCCACACGGACCCCGACGCUCGAAGUGCCACUUCCCUGGGAUGAGAAGCUGUACGAGAGCCUAAAGGCCGAGUGCGAGAAGGAGUUGGAGGCGAUACAAAAGGAGGAAGAGGAGGCAGAGGAGAAGGCUGGCGAGACCGAAGUGCAGGCUGCGCGGGGAAAGCGCGCGGAGCUGUACAACCGCAUAGGCGACAAGGACAAAGCCAUUGCCAGCUACGAGGCCAUCUUCGAAAAGACGGGCAUCCUGGGCACCAAGAUCGACCUCGUCCUUGCCAUAAUACGCAUUGCGCUCUUCUUCGGUGACAGGAUACUGGCCAAGAAGUCGAUUGACCGAGCCAGCGCAUUGGUAGAGAGUGGUGGUGAUUGGGAUCGUCGCAAUCGUCUCAAGGCAUACACUGGAUUGCACUACCUCACUGUCCGAUCACACUCACAAGCUGCCCCGCUGCUGCUUGAUAGUUUGUCAACCUUUACCAGCUAUGAGCUUUGCAGCUACUCGAACCUUGUGGUCUACGCCAUUCUUGCGGGCUCGGUAGCACUCAAGCGUGUUGAUUUCAAGUCCAAGGUGGUGGAUGCGCCAGAGAUCAAGGCGAUUGUGGGCACUUCGGAGGAGAAGCUCUCCGCCAUCACUGGGCAGGCUUCGGCAGGACCAGCAGCGGGCGAUGAGGAGAUGGCAGACGCAUCAGGCUCAACAGCGACUCCUGUCCCCACGGUUGUCAAUCUCACUACCCUUGGUGGAUCACAAGACCAGGAGGCGGCAGUGGACUUUUCCCCGCUAUCCAAGCUAGUCAAGAGUUUGUACGAGGGUGAUUACAAGGGCUUCUUCGGUGCCCUAGGCGAGGUAGAGACCAACUUCCUCAGCCAAGACCGCUACAUGUACGAGCACCGCGGCUGGUAUGUCCGCGAGAUGCGUCUGCGGGCCUACCAACAGCUCCUCCAGUCGUACCGCGUGGUUGGUCUGGAGAGCAUGGCCAGAGAUUUUGGAGUCACUGUUGACUUCCUCGACAAGGACCUUGCCCGCUUCAUCGCCGCCGACCGCAUUCCGUGCACGAUUGACCGGGUCAAGGGCAUCAUCGAGACGAACCGCCCAGACGACAAGAACAAGCAGUACGCGGACGUAGUCAAGCAGGGUGACCAGCUCAUCACCAAGCUGCAAAAGUAUGGCCAAGCCGUCAGGCUGAGGGGAAGCGAGCGUGGUUAG